CCUCCCGCGGACCCGGCCGCUUUCGCAGGGACGUGAAGCCCGUGCCAGCAGAAAAACUGAAUGACCUUGGAAAUCGCUAUCUGGGGCUAGAUUGAUUCUCGCCGCCUGUCUCCUGCUCUCAGGAACUCUACGAUUAACGCAGAUUUAAACAUUUUAGGGGCCUUUUAAAAAACAAGAACGUGUACACUUAAUAACUAACUUAAUGAUUCCUGAACUAACGAAGCAUUUGCCUAAAACUGAACGCAGAAGAGGUUUUCUUUUACUGUAUGCUUGCUCAGAAACUACCAAUAAAACAAGCAAGGCGAUGCCUUGCUUUUAGAAGAACAUUCUUUUUAAGAGCAGUUAUUUAUUCUGCUGAUCAGCUGAUAAAAGCAGAAAGCUUCAAACUCCCUGGAAGACGGGGCAGACUCCGGCUCCGGACGACUCCCGGCUGUAGCAAUGGCCGCUCUCCUGGGCACGUGAGCGUGGCCCUUGCUCCCGGCAGGAUGCAGGUGGAAGUUUCUGCGCCCCUUCUCUGGGGGGCUGUGAAAUGAUUCAGGUGUUGCUGCAGAGCUAAGGUUUGCCAGAGUGAUGCACUGAUGCUGAGGAGGCAUCAACAGCUAUGGGACUGUAACCCUGUCCAAUGUAAACACUGGCAGUGUCUACAGAGAGAGAUCGUGAGACGCUGAAGCAGAGUGUAGCUGCUGCUAAGCAGGUCAUCUGCUCACUAAGGCUCAGAUUGCAGUGUACCCUAAUCAUAAAACAUGAACCUGUCCAGGCGGAUUGAAUGGAGGACUCUGAAUGUGAGCAGUAGUGUUAUGAACAUAUCUGAGCAUCUCUCCUGCCCUCUUGGAUUUGGUUACUACAAUGCAGUUGACAUCUGUAUCCUUGAGACAGUUGUUAUUGUCUUGCUAACGUUUUUAAUUAUUGCGGGUAACUUAACUGUUAUAUUUGUUUUUCACUGUGCUCCACUUSUGCAUCAUUAUACCACCAGCUACUUUAUUCAGACCAUGGCCUAUGCUGACCUUUUUGUUGGAGUUAGCUGCUUGGUUCCUACUUUGUCGCUGCUUCACUAUUCGACAGGUGUCCACGAGUCCCUGACAUGUCAAGUUUUUGGAUACAUCAUCUCCGUGCUAAAAAGCGUCUCUAUGGCAUGUCUCGCUUGCAUCAGCGUGGAUCGCUAUCUCGCUAUCACAAAGCCUCUCUCCUAUAACCAACUGGUCACACCUUGUCGCUUGAGAAUCUGCAUCAUCUUGAUCUGGAUAUACUCUUGUCUGAUCUUCUUGCCUUCCUUCUUUGGCUGGGGAAAACCUGGUUACCACGGAGAUAUUUUUGAAUGGUGUGCUACCUCCUGGCUAACUAACGCCUAUUUCACUGGCUUCAUUGUAUGCUUACUCUAUGCUCCUGCUGCCUUUGUCAUAUGCUUCACCUAUUUCCACAUCUUUAAAAUUUGCCGRCAGCACACCAAAGAGAUAAACGAUCGCAGAGCUCGGUUUCCUAGCCACGAAGUGGACGCUGCUGGGGACACUGGCCACAGCCCCGACCGCCGUUACGCCAUGGUUUUGUUUCGGAUAACCAGCGUGUUCUACGUGCUCUGGCUCCCUUAUAUCAUAUACUUUCUGCUGGAGAGCUCUCGGGUGUUGGAAAACCCAGCGCUCUCCUUCUUAACGACGUGGCUUGCUAUAAGCAAUAGUUUCUGCAACUGUGUGAUAUAUAGCCUCUCCAACAGUGUUUUCAGGCUGGGACUCCGGAGACUGUCAGAGACAAUAUGUUCAUCUUGUAUGUGUUUAAAAGACAGGGAUGUACGGGACCCUAAGCCGAGAAAACGGGCUAAUUCCUGCUCUAUUUAAAGAGAACUGGCGCAUGUAAUCAAACAUGGAGUUUUGAUAGCAUUUGAUAUAUCUGGAAACUUGCCAGAACAGAAAUAUUUACUUGAAUAGUUUGCUAUGAUCUUAGAGAUGAGUUGAAAAGGGAUUUCAAGAAAAGGAAAAGGCGGCUAUAAGAGGGGUCACUGAACUUAAAUACAGCUCUUGAAAUAGUGAGGAGACAGAUUCAACAGAGAAGAUGAAGAAAGUCAAAACUCAAAUCUUCCAAACGGCAUGAAAUAACUAGCAGUCAAAGGAGGUUCCUCAUAAAACCAAUUAGUUAGUAAUUACCUUACAUUUUCCCCCUUGUAGAAAGGUUGUCUUAUUAUCUUUGUAUCCAAAUAUACUGUAGCCUUCUGAAUUUAAAUAUAUUUAAGAGGAAACAACAACACAGUAAGUGGCUAUCCGUAAAUUAUAUUCCUGAGGAUUUAGAAUAGAUGUUGCAGAUUAUUAAUCUCUUGUACAAUUUUCAGUUGUACAAAUAAUCCGUAAUGCAUAAAACAUGCUCUGGGCAUGAUGCUUUUGGAUAAAAUUGCACAUUUUGAUAACAAUUUUCACAAAACUGCUCCCUUCCAUUUUCCCCUUCCUGAGCAUUCCUGGUACUGUUCUACAGAAGUGGCUUGGUUUGAGGGUGCCUCCAAGGCCACCUGAUCCUCUUUUCCUGCAGAAAGAAACAGCCUUUUCCAACCAGCUGAGUAAGCGCAGUCGCCCCAUGUUCAAUGACUUCUUCAGCCUUUCAUUCUCUUGAUCUUGUUAAAUUAGCGCUCAGUAUUGAUGUAGUGUCCUUUAGGGUGUACUGAAGCUUUUCCUUUAUCRGCUACACAGAUAAUCCUAAUGCAAAUAUGAUAAUGACACACAGCAGUGUGCAUCACUGCUUAGAAGAAUAAAAAUAAAUAAGAGAACCUUUUCUUUGGGAGGUCUAAAUAGCUUACUGUUGUAGCUGCCAAUCCUUUCUGUGAAUCGAGCUUGCACAUACUGUACUUUUUUUCUUUUUUUUUUUUUAAGAGAAUUUGUAGUCUGUGCCUAAUGUUUUCACAGCACAUGGAACAGGUCAGUGCUACAGGAUAAAAAAAAAAAUUGCUUUAAAAGAAAUACUUCUGUGCAGUUGUUGAAUAGAUAUUUGUUCAUGAAGUGUUCUUGGAGGAGGUGACCAAUACAGUUUAGUAUUAAAUACAGGGAGAGAGCUUCAGUAUUUCCUUUUGUAAUGAACUGACUUUCAGGUCCAGUGAUUAAAUAUUUUUGUUUUGCAGGGGUACAUAUUAGGGUUGUGUAAUAAAUUGCCAGGGGUUCAGAUGCAUGACAAUAAAUGAAAUAUUUAAAUUAUUAUUUUUGAACCAAAUGUAGUUUUCUUAGAUGGUUAUUGGCUUUUUAAAAAGGCCCAAUUAUUGAUCAUUGGUGCCUUUUAACACUGCACUAUUAUUCCUUCUCUUACCAAAAUGCGUGUGUAAAGAUUGUGCCUAUUACUUUUUGUAAAGGAAGCUGAACCACACUUGCACACUGGUGGUUUGGGGCUCGAUCCCCUUAAGUCUGUGCUCUUUGUUUUGU